AACGCCUAAACUGAGCACGUACUCUCUACCAAUGGCAAAGCCCGAUGUUACUGCUCUUGUCCAAUAGUGUCCGCUUUCACAGGGCAGUGGGUCCAUUCUCACCGCGUUUGUUCCUUCAAUGUUGGCAGAGGGCCGGUGUCCUAGCAGAUAUUGGUAUAAUAGCCCAAGCACCUCAAAGGGUGAGGUUUGUCUUGUUUAGCGCGUCCACUUCUUAAUUCUACUGUCAAGGAGAGUUCUACAAAAGAGGAACCAACACGAGUAAGCGAAGGUGCUAAGAUUGUAACUGGAAGCUUGAAGUAUCAAGUUUGUGUACACGGGUAAUUUUGCAGAUUUAAUCCAACAAGAGGCGCUAGUUAGCUAACAUAGCCAGCUAAAUACUUCAUUUUGUUGUUACCGAAACGGAGUUGCUUUUCAUAGCGAGCAACAUGCCGGAAUAUCUGGAGGACCCGUCUGUUCUCACCAAAGAUAAACUCAAGAGCGAGCUUUUGGCCAACAAUGUUGCUCUCCCAACCGGGGACCAGCGAAAGGACGUUUAUGUGCGUCUGUAUCUGAAAAACUUGACCGUGCAGAACAACAAGAUCCUAUCUACAGACGCCUUCUCCAGCGACGAGGAGUUGCUUGUCCCGGUAGUGUCAAACAAAAGUCGCUCGGGCAGGAAAGCCACGAGGAAAACAGACAAGCCUCGGCCAGAGGACCUGGAUGUGACUGAGCUGACCAGUGAGGGCCUGAAGGAUGAGUUGCUCAAGUAUGGAAUCAACGUAGGACCCAUCGUGGCCUCAACCCGUAAGCUGUAUGAGAGAAGGCUCCAGAAGCUAUUGGACCAGGGUCCUCCUGAGACCGUGGCUUUACCGGUGGUCAUCACUCAGGUCGACAGCAACCACAACGGCAACUCUGACUCAGACCGCUACAGCGACAAAGAAGAAGAGGUGACUACAGAACCAGAGCCUGUCCCAGUCCCCGUGGUGGAGAGACCUGUCAGAAGCAGAGGGAAGACCCCAGUCACCACCAGGACCCGCAGCAGCCAGCACAACCGGAUCUAUGCUCCGGAGGAGGAUGAUGAUGAUGAUCUUGAGGAAGAGCAUCCUGUGUUGAACAUAAAGAGACCAUUGAGGAGAUCAUCUCAUAGAGUCGACCAGAUGGUCCCUGCAAGCGAUGAUAUUGAUGUCUCUGAGCUAUCAGCUGGUGAGGGAGUUCUUCACCCUCCAAGAGAGGCAAAGACCAAGGCACCUCUGCUUCUGGAAGUCCUUAAGGAACCUAAGCCUAUAUUGGCAGAGAAGCCAAGCUCUACUCCCUUACUGCAUGGCCUAGCCCAUGCCCAGUCCACUAGGACUAUCCAUCAGGUUGUCCUAACAGCCAGGGCUGAGUCUCCAUCACCCAGACUGACUCAGUCUGUCCCUGACCAAGCCUUCCCCCUGAAUGUGAAUGCUGCUGCGCUCUGGUUCCCCAAAGCCAAACCCAGCGGGCCCCCAGUCAAGAACCCCAGCCACGGUGUCCCUGAGGGCCACAAACUCCCGGUGUCUAGAGAGCCCUCACUCCCUGGCAGACCUCUGUGUUGUGAGGAGGAUGGUGGUCUUCCUCUCACUCUGACUACGAAAGCUCCCAGUCGUGAGCUAAACACCCUACUCAAUACAGCUCUUUUAGAGGAUCCUGCACCAAGUAUCCAUGCUCCAGUAGGACAGAGCAUAAGACCCCUGAAACAAUUGCCUCUGGGGGUACCACAGAAAGUCCGCCCACUCCAAGUAGCCAACCCUUCCCCACUACCUCGUUUGUCUGGAAAUGACCCCAAUGCCUCCUUCACCGUCAGGCCUGUAAGCUACGUCUCACACACCCCCUCAUCUCCAUCGCUGAAAGAACAACUGGAAUCCCUAUCAUCGCUCUCUGCCAAGUUUGACAUGCUGUCCAAUCGCUUUACUCGGCAGGAUCAGCGUAAGUCUAAAAAUGACCUCGAACCUAAGUGGAAACAGCAGAAAAACACCCCCUUCCUGUCCUCUGUGACCCCAGUGAGGGGGCAGGACAGUGUCUCCUCGAGUAUCUCUAAGGAGCCAUGGGUGGAGAAGAUAGCAGCUGGUGAGCAGACACCCAACAGGGUGGAUGAGAAGGAUAUCCUGAAGGAGAUGUUCCCCUACGAGACCAACACUCCAACAGGAAUCAACGCCACCUGUCGACGUCCCAUCCGAGGGGCAGCCGGCAGGCCCCUAAAGUCUGGUGACCUGUGGACAGAUGAGACCCUCCUGCGCUCUUCUCACUCUUCCUACACAGAGAGCCGCACCGCUACCGUCCACAGAGUCCCCACCCUGCCCCCCUCUACCAGGCUGUUAACGUCAGUGGCACCCCCUGCUGGAAAGGCCAUAGCGCCACCCCAUGGCCUGCCUGUCUGGCUGAAGCUGCUGCUCCUCGGCAUUGUAGCUGGCUUCAUAUUCUUCAUCUACCAGACCAUGGAGACCAACGCUAUGGCCCCCUUCGGAGGGUCCUCAGAUUCCACGCAGACCAGUGGUCGUGAGGUCCGCAAGUGAAGCCUGGAAGACAGUGCUCUGGCAGUAUAAUGUUACUGCCACCACUUUCAUCGUUCCUAGCUUCCUUGGCAUUCUUGUUUUUGUUUUUUUCCCCUGUUUCCAUCACUCAUAAUUGGUUAAAUGGUCUGGUACGGGAGCCUAAUUUGUAUCGACGCCUGCUGAAGACGACAAUGUCCAAAAUGAUAUAUUGAACAUUGAAGAUGACCACCACCUUCUCAUUCUAAAAUGACAAUACUGUCUUCUGUUUGUUUCAGUCCGUCCUUUCCCCAUCUGUGAGGCUGAGAGAAAGCCAGUCGCACCAAUGAUCUCCAGAUAACGUACAUACACCGAAACAGUGGCUUCCAAAUGAUGUGAACUUGCCUUAUAUGGUCUAUGUUUUAGUUUUACAUCUCUGCAUGGUGUAAUCGUAUGAUUGCAUUUGCCGGAGUCUGUGAAAGAGAAUUGCCUGUGUCUGUGUUUAACACGGUUUGCUUUUGUAAUGCUGUCACCAUAAUCCAAUGCAGUUAGAUGUAAUCUAAUGCAGUUAUUAGCAAAAAAAAAACAGUCAGGCAAAGACUGAAGGAAUUUCAACCAAUUGUAUUCAGUUAUUUCUUGAUCGAACCAUGUAUACAGCGGGUAUGUGUGUGUGAGACUGGGAUUCUUAAAACUCAUGCACACAUAUAGCUCGGUCUCUUUUUUUUAUUUUUUUAUUGUCUGUGGAGCCUAAUUAGUCAUGUAUGAUGUAUUCAUUGUAAUAAAUAAUGUAAUAUCCUCUCAAUAAAACUAUAAUAUGUAAGGA